CACAGUACUUUUCCGUAUGUAACGGGUGCGUUGUUUGGUUUAUGGUGUAGUGCUAUACAAAUGCAUAAUAUAACCUAUCUGCGCUUUGCAUAAUUCUAUGGGGACGUAGCCUUGUAAUUGAUGCAGAUGCAAGUGAUGUGGAUUUGAGAAGCGCAUACUAUUAAAAAAAGCAAUAUGCCGGCGGCGCGCGGAGUAAAACGGACGGCGUCCAAAUCUUCAGCCCCUGCAUCAACAACAGGACCAAAAAACAAGAAAAAACGUGGAGCAGUACAGUUAGAGAUCCCUAGUGCAGCAAAGAAGCGCGGCCGCGUGUUUACUUGCGGGCAGGGAGAUGUCGGCCAACUGGGCCUCGGAGAGGAUGUUGUGGAGACUACAAAGUUCAAAUAUGUAUCAGCGUUGGGAGAUAAAAUAAUAGAUAUACGUGCAGGAGGAAUGCACACUGUAGCUAUUGAUACUGAUGGAAAGGUGUGGACAUUCGGUUGUAAUGAUGAAGGUGCUUUGGGUCGCAUCACGAAGGGUGACAAGGACGAGGGCACACCGAGGACAGUGUCAUUACCACAGAAGGCGGUGUCAAUAUCAGCCGGUGACUCCCAUACUGCUGCCUUACUGGAUAAUGGUGAUGUGUACGCGUGGGGAGCUUUUAGGGAUUCUCACGGCAGUAUGGGUCUGGUGGUGCGCGGCAGAGAGACCAAAGGUUGUCAGGAGCCUAUCAGAGUUGACAUCGGAGAGACAGCUGUCGGCAUCGCCUCGGGUGGUGACCAUCUUGUUAUAUUAUCUACAUCAGGCGCGGUGUACACGAUGGGUUGCGGGGAGCAGGGUCAGCUGGGCCGCCUCAGCCAGCGCUCAGCCUCCAGGGACGCGCGUCAGGGAUUCAGUGCACUUCUGACCCCGGCGAAGGUGACACUAAAGUUCGGAGCAUCUCGUGUGUGGGCAGGAUGUCACGCCACAUUCGUGUUAGACGCUAAUGGAGACAAAGUAUUCGCAUUCGGUUUAAAUAAUUAUGGACAACUAGGUAUAACAGGUGAGAAACGUAAGACUGCGAUAUUCUCAGCGACGGAAUGCGAUGCGUUCACCAGACUGAACACAACGUGGAGUGCUGUGGCCUGCGGACAGCAUCACUCACUCGCUGUGGAUGGGAAUGGUCAGCUGUAUGCCAUCGGACGGACUGAUUAUGGCAGGUUAGGUUUGGGCGAGAGGACGGAGGACGCGGAGUACUUGGAGCCGGUGCCCAAGUUACAGAAUAAGAAAUGCAUCAGUAUAGCUACCGGCAUCUCUAAUUCAUUUGCGGUUACUGAUAGCGGCGAGGCGUUUUCGUGGGGUAUGGGCAGCGAGGGUCAGCUGGGCACGGGCGCGGCUGCAGACGCCAGCGAGCCCACACCGCCCACCAGCGCACCCUUCGACACACGCAAACCCAUCAGAGUCUCCGCUGGAGGACAGCAUACUGUCUUACUGCUGGAGGAGACAAAAGAAUUAUCACCACCUCCAGAGAAUAAAGAAGAAAUGGAAACAGUCGAAGAGACGGCGGAGGAGCAGGAACCUGAAGAGGAGAAGGUGGAGAAGAAGCGGCCGGCGAAGAGACAGAAGAAGCAAGAACAAGACGAAGAGAUAUCGUCCACAUCGACUGCGCAGUCCGCGGAAACUAAACCAGAGAAAGUAAAUGGAGAUGAGCAAAAGGAAAAUGUUAUGGAAGUGGACGAAACUGACAAACCAGAUGACAAAAAAGAAACGGAAGAAAAAAAACCCGAACCAGAAGAUGAGAACGAGACAGAACAAACAGAAAAGGCAGAAAUAAACCAACCGGACACAAUGGAUACAUCCAGUCAGGAGACAACGGACAGUGAAUCCAAACCUAUGGAUACGGAUGUGCAGACAGACACACAGAACAUGAACACAGACAGACAGACGGACAAAAUCGACCACAUACCUUCCGACAAUGCCUUGGUUACAUCUGCGUGAUAGAAUAUUCAUCUGAUAGUUCGGAUAACUGGAUAGUAACAGGUAACUUUACACUCACAGUCAUUUGCGAUACAAUUAAUGCCACACUUAGGGAUCAUAUAUUAAUCAUGUGCUUUUUUAAGCAACUUUUUGACACACUCUGAUAUGUAGUAAGUUUUUUACAAGCAAUUCUUCCUAUCUAAUCAUUUUAUAGUCCUGAUUUUUUUUUAAAUAUGAAUUUAUUUAUUAAAUUAACAUCCUAAAUCAGAAAAUUAAUACUUGUUAUAUAUAUUUUUGUCAUCUCCGAUUUCUGAAGCCAUUAAACAUUAAAUCAUAUUACUACAUUAAAAAUCGUUAAUUGAUUCCUAAAGGUGGCACUUAGUGUAUACUAAAUUAACUGUAUUAGAUUUCUUAAUGACCAACGACUGAGUCUGUCAUCAAUAUAGUGGAACCUGGAUAAAGGAGAAACAUAUAUAAGCAAGGAGUCUUUUCCCACGAGAAAAAUAUCGCGAUUCCUUAAACUCUCUGUUAUCCCGGUUCUAUUGUAUUUAAAAAGAUUUUUUGUGACAUUAAUCUGUUAAAUACAGUCAUAAAUAUAUAAUAAUGGGGUUAGAAAUGUUAUCAAAUGUCAUACAACAAAAGGGUGUAGGCAGAAUGUAUAUUUUUUUCUAUAAUAUAUAUAAUAGAAAAUGUAUAUAAACUUAUAUAAGCCUUAGUCGUAU